CCCCGCGGGCGGCAGGACCCGGAUCGGCGGCGGCGGCAGGAGGAGGAGGAGGAGGAGCUGGAGCGGGGCCCGCGGGGCCCUCGGCCGCCAUCACGGAUUUCCUGUGGGACAAGCGCACCGGGCUGGCUGCGAGGACGAUGCCUCACUCCCGAAGGUACCGCUCGUCGGAGCGCAGCAGCCGCGGGAGUUACCACGAGCGCUACCGGAGCCGCAAGCACAAGCGGCGGCGGACGCGGUCGCGGUCGAGCAGCAGCGAGCGGGACCGGCGGCACCGGAGGGAGGACAGCUACCACGUCCGAUCCCGGAGCUACGACGACCACUCUGCGGACCGGCGGGCCUACGACCGGCGUUACUGUGACAGCUACCGGCGCAACGACUACAGCCGCGAGCGGGGCGGGGACGGCUACUACGAGCCCGAGUACCGCCACUCCUACGAGUACCGGCGCUCCCGGGACCGCGAGGGCAGCUACCGCAGCUGCAAAAGCAGCCGGCGUAAGCACAGGCGGAGGCGGCGCCGCAGCCGGUCCUUUAGCCGCUCCUCAUCGCGGAGUCGACAGAGCAGCAGAAGGGCCAAGAGUGUGGAGGACGACGACGAGGGGCAUCUGAUCUAUCGCGUCGGCGACUGGCUACAAGAAAGAUAUGAGAUUAUCAGCACGCUGGGGGAAGGCACGUUCGGCAGAGUGGUGCAGUGCAUGGAUCACCGGAGGGGUGGUGCACGUGUUGCUCUCAAAAUCAUUAAAAACGUAGAGAAGUACAAAGAGGCCGCUCGGCUGGAAAUCAACGUGCUGGAGAAAAUCAACGAGAAGGAUCCCGAGAACACGAAUCUCUGUGUCAGGAUGUUUGACUGGUUUGACUACCAUGGCCACAUGUGCAUCUCCUUUGAGCUGCUGGGGCUCAGCACCUUCGACUUCCUGAAGGACAACAACUACCUGCCUUACCCCAUCCACCAAGUACGGCACAUGGCCUUCCAGGUGUGCCAGGCUGUGAAGUUUCUGCACGACAAUAAACUCACCCACACCGACCUCAAGCCGGAGAACAUCCUCUUUGUGAACUCGGACUACGAGCUCUCCUACAACCUGGAAAAGAAGCGGGACGAGCGGAGCGUGAAGAACACGGCCAUCAGGGUGGUGGAUUUUGGCAGCGCCACGUUUGACCACGAGCACCACAGCACCAUUGUCUCCACCAGGCACUACCGGGCCCCUGAAGUCAUCCUGGAGCUUGGCUGGAGCCAGCCCUGUGACGUGUGGAGCAUUGGCUGCAUCAUCUUUGAGUAUUAUGUGGGUUUCACCCUGUUCCAGACACACGACAACCGGGAGCACCUGGCCAUGAUGGAGAGGAUCCUGGGGCCAAUUCCUUCCCGGAUGGUCAGGAAGACGAGGAAACAGAAGUAUUUCUACCACGGGCGCCUGGACUGGGACGAGAACACCUCGGCCGGACGCUACGUCCGGGAGAACUGCAAACCCCUGCGGCGCUACCUGACGUCGGAGGCCGAGGACCACCACCGCCUGUUCGACCUCAUCGAGAGCAUGCUGGAGUACGAGCCCUCCAAGCGGGUCACCCUGGCCGAGGCCCUCAAACACCCCUUCUUCGACCUGCUGGGCAUGGAGCCCAGCACAAAACUGUGGGACUCGAGCCGGGACAUCAGCCGGUGACGCCGCGGGUGCCAGCCGGCCCUCGCAUUCUCUAGCCCCCGUGGAGGCCCCCCGUGACUUCUUAUCCAGACACUUGGUGC